AAAGGAACGUAACUGCCAUGGGCAAACUUUAAUUUAUUGGGACAUCCAUUGUCAAUUUGCUAUACAACAUAUUUACUUCAGAGAAACUUGUAUUUCUAUAUACAUAGUACAGACUCCAAGAUAUUUAACUGAUUUAGCUUAAAACUUCCACAACCUAAGACUCAUCAUAGAGACACAUAAACCUUAAAACUUACAAAAGGAAAAUAUUUACAGCAAAACAUAAGUAGUAGUAUAUAAUAUUAGGCCAAAUAGUCAGAUAAGAGAUACUAUUUGGGUCCCCAGAAGAUAAGAUGCAUAAUUUUUUCAGUCUUUUCAGCUUUCCUAACUCUGCGCUUCUGAUCAUCCAUGAAUGCUUUCUUCCCUGAAUCUCCGCUACCGGAAAACCAUAUCAACCGGUUUCCGUUGCCGGCUUCCGAUGAGGAACUCGCCGGAGAAGGCUUGAUUCCUGCUACAAUCAUGUUUUUCAUGUAGUGCGUUUUUGGAACUAGUCUAAUUUCCUUUUCCUGGGAAAUUCUUUAAGGGGAGGGAACUAACUACUUAUCUAAAACAACGCAAGGCUAGAUUUGAAAUCCUACUUAAUUUGUAUGCGCUUGUAAGUUGUUACACUUGGUUUAGGUUUUGGUUGCUAGAACUAAGUGGAAAUGCACAUGGUUUUGCUGGCUUAUAAAGGCAUGGGCUUCAACACGUGUGAGUUUUCUUUAAAAACUUUUAUUAUAAAGAAACCAGUGGUUUUGGUCCGCAGAUUUAUUUAACCAUAUUUUCUCCAAGAAUAUAUGCCUAUGGAAUUUUGUAAAUAUGGAAUUGUCAUGUGGUAUCAUUUUUUAUUUCAUAUGACUAAAAAUUCUUUUAUUUGUGGAAAGUAGCAACACGAUUUUUCCAAUAAUGUACUGCAACAGAUUUGUUUAAUGUUUUAUUACUUUAGUACUACUAAUGAAUACGACUGUUUCCUAACAAUUGUUGAAUUGAAAAAGUAAAUCACAGUUAGGUAAACUUUAACUAAGAUGUUUCCAAUUAAAAUAUUGACAUUUUAGUAAAUGAUAAAACGAAUCUCUUGAACCAUCCAGGUUCGGAGCUCCUAAACUUACUGAGGGCUACUUUCGAAAGGUCCAAUAGAAAACCAGCUGCUGUGGUCCUACAUGUUUUCUUCUGAAAAAUAAUGUAUAAUCCAGUAACUAAAUUAUACAUUCCCUUUUUCUUCAUUCAAGGACAAAGUAACUAGAAAACCAGUAGCUGCAAUAUACAGCGUACGCAGUUAAUUAGCUAAAAGAGCCACCGGAUUAUCACUCUUUACUCUUUAGGCUUUAGCUACUCCCACGUCUUUUUUCUUCAGUAUCUAUAAAUUUAGCCUAAGCCCGGAACUCUAAGCAUCAUCUUCCAAGCCAACAAAUUUACUCAAGCAAGCAUUCAAAGGAACAGAAAAACAAUCGCAGGAUUCAUUGUCAAAACCUAAAAAGAUAUUUAAAGAAAGUUGUUACAGAAGAGACCAUGAGUUCAAGCAGGAGAGCGUGGAUAGUAGCAGCCAGUGUUGGAGCAGUGGAAGCCUUAAAAGAUCAAGGUUUCUGUAGAUGGAAUAAUUACCCUUUGAGGUCCUUAGCCCAGCACGCCAAGAAUAACAUGAGAUCUUACUCUCAAGCUAAGAAGCUUUCUACUUCUUCCUCCUUACUGAUUGCAAGGAGUGAGAAGGCAAAGCAAUCUGAAGAAUCUUUGAGAAAAGUUAUGUAAUUGAGCUGUUGGGGUCCCAACUGAUCUUCUUUCCAGAUACCUCAUUUCUCAUUUUUGCAGGGUCGAAAGGAAGUAAAAAAGAUGUACUUCCCCUAAGAUUGUGAAUAGAAUUCUUAGGUUAUGCCACCUCUAUAGGAAGAAUGUAAAUCGAAAUCAGUCUUAGGAUGACAAGUAAAAUUAAGAAGUACUGUUGAUAUUUUGAUGAAAUGUAAUGAUCUGUCACAUCAACUAGUAUUUUGCAUCACUUCAACAUGCUUGCAGAUAGUACUCCUUAAUUUUCUUAAAAAAUCUACAUAUACAAAUGAAUUUUCAGCAAAUGUAGAGAUGUCUCGUCUACGGUGGUCUUGAUGUGAAACCAAGAACGAAUACAGCAGUAUUUAAAGAAGUACAAAUUAUCAAAAUGGUGCAGAGAUUACUUAGCCGUGUCCAUUGCAGGUCCAACAAGUGUGCAGUUUGUGUCCUUUCCAAGUCUAUAGAGAAAAUGGUGUUUCUUUCAGAUACGUAUAGAACCGAUCUUAUGUUAAAGCACACAUCUGUACUCUCAAGUUCGAUCAUAAACAAUGAUUUUGCCCUUUAGGUUC